AUGGCCUUCCAGACUAAAGUUGCUAUUGGUUACAAUGGUUCACCGGUCGCAUGGUUGGGUUCAGAAGAGGUCGCUUGGACAUGCGGAAAUGCACUCGUGCUUCAGUCUUUAAACACAAAGACACAGCGCGUGCUGAAGGGCACUGGGUUCGGCAUAAGCUGCUUCACCGUCAGCAAGCGGUACGGACUGAUCGCGGUAGCAGAGAAGGCACUCAAGCCAAAUGUCUAUAUUUACGCGAUCAAGUCUUUGCAGCUGCUGGCAAAAUUGUCGCCCAGCGAGCUGUCAAAGGAGGAGGAGCACGCGCUGCCAGGAGGAUCCUCGGAGAAGCAGCAGCAGGCAAACGUCGUGACCCUGGGUAUCACGGCGAUGGGCUUCUCGGGCGAUGGAGAGCGGCUGGUAAUCUGUGGGGACGAGCCAGACUGCUCUGUUAUCGUGUACAGCUGGCGCAAGGGCGAGGUACACGGCCGCUCCCGCCUGCCCCACAACCAGCCCGCCCACCAGGUCUCCUUUCACCCCCUGGACCCGACCAUCUUGGCCACCACGCACAGCGGCACGGUGUCCGUCUGGUAUCUAGAGGCCAUGUGGGACCGCACCCUGUUCCGAUACCAGUCCCUAGGACCAGGGGCUCUGCCGCCAGGCCAUGACGUGACGGUACACGCCUGGAGCCCCCACGGACUCUACGUGGGAACUAGCGGCGGCGGCUUGGCGCUUCUUGACCUGCCGUCCAUGACACCACUGGUCAUUAAAGGAGCGUCGGCAGUGGCGUCGGCGGCAGCGUCGGAGCCGCCGUCGCCUGGCGGUACCGCUGGCGGCGGCGGCGCGGGCGGCGGCUCCGCCGCCGGCGCUUUCGCCGUUGCGAUGACGGCGGCUGCCGCCGCCGCCGGCGUCGCUCCCGGGCAGCCGGCAGUCGUACUUGACGCCGCCGGCCCCGGCGCCGGCGUGUCUGCACUGGCGCUGAAUCGCGACCACUUGGCGGUGUGCGGUACGGACGGUAGCGUACACGUGUUUAGCCAGGCGCCGGUGGCGGAGGCUCUGGGCCCGCCGGGAUUCAGCCACGAAGUCUGGCUGGCACGCGGAGGGUCUACCGGCGUGCCGGUCUCGAGCGCCGAUUGCGGAGGACCGGAACACACCGCUCUGCUUCUCGGCUGCCCCGACGGCACGAUCUACUGCGCCCCAAUGGGGCCCCACACUGGUGCAGGCGUUACGUCGCGGGCGGGUUACACAACGGCGACCCAGAUCGGGGAUUAUCCCGUGGGUCGGCUGGCGGGGAUCGUACCGCACCCCGGCGGCGGUGCCUUCCUGACGGCAGGCGCCGACGGCAGUGUACGGCUAUGGGCCGCGGAGGAUGGACGCCUGCUGGCCCGUAAGGCCCUUAGUUCGGCUCAGUGCGCACUGGCGGCGGCGGCGCCGGGGGCUGGUCUGGCGGCGGUGGGGUCAGAGACGGGCGUCGUACGGGUGCUGGUGCUGCCGCCGGCGCCAACCAGCGGCAGUGACGCCGUCAGCGGCGGCACGCAGCCGUCACAGCAGCUACGGGUCAUGUACCGCCGGCGUCUGCAUACCUCCGCGAUUGACGCGCUGGCUUUCAGUCCGAACAACGACUUGCUGCUCAGCGCCGGUCGCGACGGCGCGGUUUGGCUGUUGGCUCUCGACGCGCGGACCGGGUCGUGCCGUGCUCUUGGUUUCGUGACAUUGCCCCCCGGUGAGCGCGUGAUGGCCGUGACGUGGCCGCGGGCAGGAUCCGACGUACUGGACGGCGAAUCGGCAUUCAUCAGUCUGGCGGGCGGCGGCAUAAUGUCCCUGACCGCCUCCGCGGAGCUGACUUCAGGAAACUGGCGGAAUCCGAAUCCGGAUUUACAACUUGUACGGCCGACGGCGGUGGCAGCGCAUGGAUCUCGGUCGCUUGGAUCUGACAACGGCGACAGCGGCCCUAGCGGCGCUCCGGAGCCCGUUGUCGUACGGCUGCUGCGGCUGGAGGUGCCGGUGCUCGCGAUGACGACGGCGCCGCAUGACCGGACGGGGGAACUGUACGGCCUCGGCGCGGAUAAGCAGCUGCAUAAAGUGGCACUGCCGGCGGAGGCGGCGGCGUGGGCAGGGCUGCGUGCGCGACCGUUUCGGAGCUCCGUACACGUGCCGGCACACGCGCGGGCUGGCGGCGGCAUCACGAUGGCUCCAGGGGGGCACGUGCUGGUCAGCGGCGGGGCCGACGGCGUCAUUGCGAUGCGUAACUUGAACCUUGCGGCGCUCGGCGACAGCAGCGCCGGCGGAGGCAUCGGCGGCAGCGUGUUGCACGACGUCACCGCCGGCGGCGUGGUGUCCGUCAGCUUUGACGCCACAGGCCGCUACUUCGCCUCCGCCGGUGCCGACGGCGCGAUUGUGGUGUUUGAGGUGGGCCCCGCCGCUGGCGCGGCGCACCUUCUGGUGACGCCGCCCUGGCCGGCGGUGCCGUUCGCCGGCAGCGUGACGGCGGCGUCGCGCGUGGAGGCGGAUGCCAUCGACGACGCUUCGGAGCUGACGGAGGUGGAACUUGUACGGCGCCAGGGGGCGCUGGAGACCGGCGGCAUCAAUGGCGAGAGCAAACGUGCGGCAGUGGUGUCCAAGUUGAUGUCGCUCCGGAGCCGCAUCGGGGAGCUUCUGGAAGCCAAUCAGGCGGUUCCGGAGCUGGAGCGGCUAGAGCGCUCCGAACUCAUCGUGGACGUGGGCCUCGUGGAGCGCCUGAAGCACGACACGGAGGCGCGCGUGGCGGCGGUGGCGGCGGCAGUCCGCCGCAACAACCUCCGUACUGAGUUGCUGGCGGAGCGGCUGCGGCGCAUGGUGUGGGACCACUUGGCGGUGAAGGGCGCGGUGGUCAGCGGCCUGAGGAGCAGCUUGGUGGUGAACAACUUCCCGCUCACACAGCCCGGGCCGCACGAGCGAGUGCUGCGACAGGUGACUCUGCUCCGCCGGGUGGAGCUCCUGGAGCAUCAGGCCCUCGGGGUGGUGCCGUACAACUUCAUGUUCAGAGGCUCCGCGUUCGAGAGCGCCGGCGACGGCGACGACAAUUACGACGGCAGCACACCCACGCCCGACGCUGCCGCGGCGGCGGCCGCUGCAGCCGUCGCCGCUGCUGCGGCGGCGUCGGCGACUGGCGCCGCCGGCUCCGACCCCGAUACGCUGAUGUACAGCGACUUUGACCUGCACUGCAACACACGCAGGGCGCUGCAAAUUCACCUGCUGAGACAAAAGAUCCGCAACCUCAAGGUGACUUUCAACACGGACUUCAACCGUGUGGCCGCUCAGAAGCGGUCGGACUGCGACCGCAUUGCCGACCUGAACGCCAGGAUGGACGAGACCGUCAAGGACCUCAGGAAGAUGGGUGCAGGUGGGUUUGGACGGGUGCGGGCGACGGUGCUAUCCGUGCGGGACGAGGAGGUGGGGGUGGAGCGGUACAUCACCCCGGAGGAGCGAGCUCGUAAGGAGGCAGCUCGUCGCGCGGAGGAGGAGGCCACCAAGCGGUCCGCUCGCGACAACGCGGGGGAGCGGGCGCUGCGGCAGAUGAUGGGCGGCACGCUGGCGCCGCGCGGUGGCGGCGUCGACGGCGACGGCAACCCUUUCUCGCUGCCGCCGCCGCCGUGGCUGGCUGCCAUGGGUCUGGACCCCGAUACGGUGAACCCUAAGAUGCUUUCGGAGGAGCAGGCGCGAGAACUGAAGGACUGGCAAGCGCGGGAAAAAAAUCUCCAGGAAGAGCGUGCCCGCCGUGUGGGCAUGUUGGAGCUGGAGCUGCGUACGGCCAAAGCGGCGGUGGAGGAUGUGGUGGGUCGAUUCGACGAGGCGUUGGCGGGGCUGGCGGCGCGGCGGCACCGCGUUGCCGCUGCCGUGGCGGCGCUGGAAGCGCGGACGCUGGCGCUGGCGGCGGGGCUGGCGCGCUGCGCGAAAACGUCGGAGGCGGUGGAGAAGCAGCUGCUGGCGAGGCUGGGAGCUGCCAAGGAGGCCCACGGGCGCGCGGCGGCGGACCUGACGGAGCGUCGUACGGCGUUGACGGAGCUGGAGUCCAAGCACGCCGCCGCGGCGGCGGAGGAGCGACAGCUGGAUCGGAAUUUCAAAAAAGAGUUUGUGGACGCGGACUUGCACUUCAACAGGUUGCUGCACAUGUACCGUGCGCGGCGGUCAGAGCAGCUUGUGGCGGCGGCGAUGGGCACUCCCGAGGGUCUGGAUCCAGGAAUCUGGGAAAAGUUCACGCUGUACAGAUCUUCGAGGCUGGAAGCUGAGGCGGCGGUGCGCGCAACUCAGGUCGAUUUGGCGCUCGCUCGACGUGACCUGCCAGAGCUCGAAUCUCGCGAGGCGGGGCUCGCGACGGAGAUGGACGAGCUCAUGUCGGCCAUCACGGCGCUCCGUACGGAGCGCCGUACGUCUGCGUACGACAAUGAGUUGCAGCUGCGGCUGCUGGCGGGUCAGGUGGAGGUGGCGCCGCCUGUUGGGGCGCCGGCCGACAUGUCGGAUGCCCGGCUGCUGAAUCAAGCUGUGGUGGAGGCUCUGAAUGCGGUGGUGCUGGGCAAGGGCACCAAGAAGGUUGAGAUCCUGACAGCCAUGAAGGACUUCAAGCGGGGCAUCUACGCCGCCCAGUGGGAGGCGGCCGCUGCCGACAUGCGGCUGGAGGACCUCCGUGCCAAGAUCCGGGACCUGCAGCUGCUGCACGUGACGAGGGAUAUGCAGGCCGUUCUCAAGGACGGCGAGGACCGCUCCACAGCCUUGGAGGCGGCUAGCUUGGAGGCCCUCAUGAAGCAGCGAGAGCGACUGCACAUCAAGGCGCUGGACGACAAGCGCCGGCGACUGGCCAAGCUGGCGGGCGAGGUGUCUUCUCGCAGCGGUCAAAACCAGGAGGUUGCCAUACACCUGGUGACGCUGGGCAAGGUGUUGGAGGAGCAGCAGCGGCUGCAGGCAGGCAUGCAGAGCUCCACGGAGCAGGCGGCGAGGCGCAUGCGCAGCCUAGUAACCCACAAAAAGCUCAAGGAGAUUGCUUUGGCGCAGCAAAACGAGCUAGCGGAUCUGCGCGGGCAGGUGGAGAAGGCGCGGCUGCGCACCUACCCCACGUUUGUGGAGCUUCGAAACGUGGCUGGCAUGCCAACACUGCCGCAGCGGCUGCCCCCCGACCUGAAGCUGGCUAUGCGUGCGCGUUCCGAGGCGGAUCGGGCAUGUGGAGACUCCAAUGUCCUAUGUUUUGAUAAGAUCUGCACUCCCAGCCAUGUGCCUUACUUAAGCGAUGAUGUCUACGCCACGGCUAUGCGUCCGACUCCCCCGGGGCAG